AUGUCCGAGCAGCUCGAGUCAACUCGAACUUUUACCAGCUUUGUGGCCGCUUUAACCUGGCAUCUCGUUUCUUCUCAUUUAUCGUACCAUACUGCCAUUGCUUAUAGAGGGCGACUGCAGUUGGAAGCUGCAUCCUUGCCGAUGGCACAGAGACCAGAGCGAGUGUUGAGCAUCCAAUCUCACGUCGUUUUCGGAUAUGUGGGAGGCAAGGCGGCCGUUUUUCCCCUCCAAUGCCUGGGAUACGACGUCGAUGUCGUGAACACUGUGAAUUUUUCCAACCACGCUGGUUAUGGACGCUCGGGAGGAUCUAGGACAACAGCCGCCGAAUUGAACUCUAUUUUCGAGGCGAUGGAACACAAUGAGCUACUCAUGCCCACUCGGAUUCUAACCGGAUAUAUACCUGGUGCAGAGGCCUUGUCAGCUGUUGAGAAGAUUGCGUCCAAGUUGAAGCAUGCUAAGCCCAGUGUCAUAUACCUUUUGGAUCCUGUUAUGGGAGAUGCUGGCCGCCUGUAUGUUGCCCCAGAAGUGAUACCCGUAUAUCGAGAAAUGCUACCGUUGGCUACCAUAAUCACCCCCAAUUGGUUUGAAGUAGAACUCUUGACUCAAAUAGAGCUAAAAGAUAUGACUUCCCUCCGCCAAGCCCUCGACGUCCUCCACACCCAAUACCAUGUCCCCAAUAUCGUAAUCAGCUCUAUCCCCCUCGAGCCGUGGCUCUAUUCAGCCCUCUCACCCUCCAUUCGGCCGCCCCAAGACGAACAGCACCUGUUGUGCAUCUCUUCCUCUCUCUUUCUCCCACCGCCGAGCCACACUCAUCUUCCCGGGCCGGAAAUGACCCACAACACCCGCCCAACUGUACAUGCCCAAUGUGUAGCACUCAUCCCCGGCUACUUUUCGGGCGUUGGGGAUCUCUUCUCCGCGCUUCUCCUUGCGCACUUUCAGCCAGAUAUCACCCCAGAAAACAUCGCUGCCACGCCACUAUCAGAAGCUGCCUCACAAGCUUUGUCCAAAACCCAUGCCUUGCUCCUGAUGACUCACGGACAAGCCAUGGCGCUGCCGGAGGAAGAGAGACAGCCGACGGACGACGAGUUGGACAAAGCCGAUCCGUUACGCAAGACCCGGAGAAUGAGGGGUCGGGAGCUCGCGCUUGUCAGAGGGCAAGAUCUGAUUCGAGGGAUUGGGAUCACCCAUGUGCGCGAGAUGAUGCUCUGGGAGGACUUCUGGACGGCUUAG